GUGUCGUAACUCGGUGGCGGCGUGAUGUACACGUUGCGGCAUCUCCUCAGCGACUGCAGCGGCAAGAUGACUCGGACAUCAUGCGCUGCAGAGAAGAAGAAGGAGACCCUCGAGGAAGUGUGGGCUGCGUUGAACGCCUGGAUCGAGGCCCGGUAUAACGAAGGCAAGGGUGUGAAUGUGGCGCCGUUUUGCAAAAUCUCUUGGGAAACAGUCACGAUCAGCCGCAACACGCGCAAGUUGCGGCCAAUCUUCAUCUUGCACGAGACCUAUGCCAAGACGUACGGGUUGCACUACAAGAAGCGCAUCACCGCUCCAGACAUUGCCGCGCUGGAAGACAUCAAUUUUACCAAAAUCGCCAUCAAGUUUUCCAAAAAUCUGAACAAGGACACAGUGUUUUGCGGGGUGCGCGACUUGCUGCACAAAAUCGGCGAGAUCGCAUCCACAGGCGCACAAAUGUCGAUCGAUAUGGCAUUGGGCAAGAUCGUGGCCAAGAACCGCACAGUGCACAUGCUGUUUGACCCGAAAUUAUUUCCGAAACACCUCGAGACGGCAUCUACAACCAGCGCGCCGCCGUCAAUCCUAGGGGACUUAGCCGACUUUGACUUGCUUCUCGACGAGUCCACCAACCCGUUUGGGGACGGCGAAGAGGGUCAUCUCCAGGACGAACCGUUGGCCAUCACCCCUGGCCGGCAUCCAUCGACCCCUCGCCCGGUGAAACUGCAGCCCCACCGCCUGGACACGGCGGCAUCCCCCCACAAGACGGCGCUAGUGUUGCCGUCCGUGGAGAAGCCGCCACCGAUCCUCGCGACGCCCCCGACGCUGUCGCAGCUCCGAUCCCCCCGGCCGGCCUCGCGGAACGGCCAAGGGUACCAGAGCGUGGACGUGCCCAGUCGGGACUUUACAACCAUGGCACUGUCACCCCCCCAGCUCCGACAACAUCCGGCGUUCAACGAACCGAGUUUUGACUUUAGCUUCAAGGAAAUCCUGAAGCACGAGUUGGAGCGGAGCGGGAGCAGCGCCAGUGCCAGUGCCACAGAGUCUUCUGUGGCGGACGCCGCCUACGAACGGCACAUUCGACGUAUUGAAAAGGACGUCGAAUUGGAGGCGCAACACUCGAUGGACAUUCACCGCCACCACAUCAAAGACUUGGACGAAAUAUCGUCCGAGAAGCGCAAGAAGCGCGCCAACGCCGAGCGGCUACAGGAAAGCAUCAAGCUGCAGAUGGCGGCAGCGGCCGCGGCCCGCGAGAAGCAGAAGCGCGUCCAAAAUGGCACUGACCCGAGCGAAAACACGUUCUUGAGCCAUAGCCAGCACAGUCGGCUUGGUUUCAACAGCGCCGACGCGCUCAAGAAGAACCAAAACAACUUGCACCAGUACUUAGAAGCUCAGGUCGUCCUCAGACUUGUUGUGUCAUACAUUCAUGGCGGCCUAUCUAUCAAUACCUAUAGAUGCUGGAGAAAGAUCAAAAGCGACGAGAGGCGCGAUCGAACGCCUUAGCGGACGACAAGCAAUUCCUGGCCAAGUUGGAGCGAGAUAUCCAGGAAGACCGGGAGUAUGUCACAUCCGAGCAGCAACGACAGCGGCAGAUCUUGACCCAGGCGUGGGAGAAGGAUCAUUCGAUCAAGACUGCGACCAAACAAAGCCGCAAGAUCAUGCAUGACCGCAUCAAGACGGCGAUCGCAACGUCGCCCGCUCGGCACAGCGCCGGCCACCAGGUUGGGGACGAAGGAGGUGAUGACUUUUCUGUUGGGUUUGACAGCCGCGCCAAGUCCACGGGCAAAUGAGAGCUCGCUCCAUUGGACGCACACCCCAUCACGACCCCGUGGGUUUGAAGCGUCGCGGGAGUGGGGGGAUUUAGCUCAUAUGAAUGCGAGUCCUGGAUAUAUAAACGUACGAACAACGUUACUACUGUAGUAGUACUAGACAUGGA